UCGGAUUACGGUACGCUACACGGUCCUCGUGCGCUGCAAUAGGACUGGUGACGCCAUCAAGCAGCGACACGCUCGUGCGUAUGUUCCGGUUGUUAGGUACACAGACUGCGUUGUGGUGAUGCGAGAAAUAUCCGAGGAAAUUAGAUAGUCAGGGGCACUAUGGUCUGAUGGACCGCCGCUUCUUCCUGACCUUUCUCAUCUGCUCCGCACUGUGGAUCUUCUUCUGGGAAGUGCGCUGGAAGAAAGGCAAAGACGGUCAGAUUGAGGAAUGGCUACGAGGACACAGUCUUUUUCAAUACAAGCAUUUAUUUGAAGAUGUGCAGACACUGGAGGAGCUGAGUCUGAGUGUACUGAGUCGCUUGGAAGAGGUGGUGAAGGAACAACAGAGCUGGAGGGAAAUCGCUGAGGCUCAUAUUCGGCUGCUCCGAGACUUUGCCUUCCAAGAGUGGCUUUGUUCUCAGAACCUUGGACACUUUUACAAAACGCUGAAGACUUUGGGUUAUAUGAAUCUGGAUGACCUGUCACAGUUCGACAGUCAGCUGCACCUCUCCCUAGCCGCCUGGGGGUACUAUUACGAAGACUACAUCAAGUUGUCGACAGGCAUCAAGAUCCUCCAGACCUCACGGAGGAGUCGGGACCAGGACUACGAGAUCCAGCUCGUGCACAGUCUAGCUGAAAGGCGUCUGAAUGAGAAGUGGUCAAUCGCGGGGGCACUCCUAUUUGGCUGUACUGUGGCGCUGUGCUUCUUGAUAAGGGACCUCAUGUUUUACGUGAUUGGUGGAAUUACUGUUUCCAUCAUUGCAUUUGUCUUCACCAUCAAGUUCCUGUGUGAGCUUGCAGCCAGGGUUGUCAGCUUCCUGCAGAAUGAGGAUCCAGGCCGCCGCGGCGACCGCAGCAUCUAUGAUUAUGUGCGGGGCAACUACUUGGAUCCACGCUCCUGCAAGGUGUCCUGGGAUUGGAAGGAGCCACAAGAAGUGGGGCAGACGAUGAGCUUCAGAGUGCAACUGUUCUAUAAGAAUGGCCAGCCUUUCCCAGCCCAUCGGCCAGUGGGGUUGAGGGUCAACAUCACCCACAUUGAAUUGGCUCUGGACAUCCCUGUUACACAAGAAGUCUUACAAGAACCAGAGUCAAACGUGGUCAAAGUAACUUUUACCGUGCGCAAGGCUGGCCGUUACGAAGUCGCUGUCAAGCUUGGUGGCCUCAACGUGGCCUACAGCCCUUACUAUAAAAUCUUCCAGCCAGGUACGGUCGUUCCAUCCAAGACUAAGAUAGCCUACCAUUUUUCGACGCUGGUGUUAACACACAGCCAGCAGCACACUUUGCAGAUUGAGCCCCGAGAUGAAUAUGGAAACCCUACGAGUAACUCCACAUCACUCACAGAUGAGGCCAACUACAGCAUCCACGUGCACUCUCUGGGCACAGUGGAUGAGGACAGCUCGGAGGCCAACUACUAUAAGACAGUCUCCCUCACCAAGCAGCAGUGUCAGGUUCUGAUGAAACUGACCCUGUGGAAGACCGGCUGCUUUAGGGCCCGCAUCGCCUACCUGGAUCAGCCACUCAGCAAUGGGGAAUUUGACAUUAUUGUUCUCAAUGAGAAUGAGAAGGCCUACGUGGAGAAGAAUGUGUCCACGCCGGGCAACAGCAUCUACUUUGAGGCUUACUUCUACAGCAACGGGAACUACAGCAGCUCCCCGUGGCAACUACCUGCCUCGUCUUUGCUGGCACCGCAGAGGAGGCCGUCCAUGGGCGAGGAAGAGGACGAGCACGACUCUCCUGUGGAGGGCCAAUCCGAGAAAGUCAAGAAACCAAAAAAGGUCUAUUGUUACAUAUCGCCAAAGCAACUAUCUGUGAAGGAGUUUUACCUGAAAAUUAUUCCGUGGCGCCUUUUUACCUUUCGAGUUUGUCCUGGAACAAAGUUUAGCUACCACGGUCCCGACCCUGUUCACAAAUACCUAACGCUCGUGGUCGAUGAUGGAAUACAGCCACCCGUGGAGCUCAGUUGCAAAGAAAGGAACAUCAUGGCCGCUACAUUCAUUCGCUUUCUCCACAAAAACAUAGGUGGCUCAGAAACAUUUCAGGACAAGGUGAACUUCUUUCAACGUGAACUCAGGCACAUUCACUCCAAGCGACCUCGUACCAAGACCUGCCUAAAAAUCACCCGGCACUCCAUUCUCGAUUCAUCCCUAAAGGCAACGCGGAACUUCUCAGUGUCAGAUUGGAGUAAAAACUUUGAGGUGAUCUUUCAAGACGAGGAAGCUCUGGACUGGGGAGGCCCACGCAGGGAAUGGUUUGAGUUGAUAUGCAAGACCCUCUUUGACACCUCCAACCAGUUAUUCACCCGCUUCAGUGACAACAACCAAGGCCUGGUACACCCGAAUGCCGACCGACCACCGCACUUGCGACUGAAAAUAUACGAGUUCGCUGGCCGGGUGGUUGGGAAGUGCCUGUACGAGUCUGCGCUUGGCGGGGCCUAUAAACAGCUGGUCCGAGCUCGCUUCACGCGCUCUUUCUUGGCCCAAAUCAUCGGUCUAAGGAUGAAUUACAAGUACUUUGAGACGGAUGACCAGGAGUUCUACAAGACCAAAGUGUGUUUCAUCUUGAACAAUGACGUGAGCGAAAUGGAUCUGGUGUUUGCCGAGGAGAAGUACAACAAGUCCGGCCAGCUGGAAAAGGUGGUGGAGUUGAUCUCGGGGGGAGCCCACAUUGCAGUUACCAAUGAAAACAAGAUGCAUUAUCUCAACCUGCUGGCACAAUACAGGCUGGCCAGUCAGGUGAGAGAUGAGGUUGAACACUUUCUGAAAGGUUUGAAUGAAUUGGUUCCAGAAAACCUGCUUGCCAUAUUUGAUGAGAACGAGUUGGAGCUGCUGAUGUGUGGCACCGGCGACAUAAAUGUGCAGGACUUCAAGGCCCACGCUGUGAUCGUGGGUGGAUCGUGGCAUUUUCGGGAGAAGGUGAUGAAGUGGUUCUGGGCGGUGGUGUCGAGCUUCACCCAAGAGGAGCUGGCUCGCCUCCUGCAAUUCACCACCGGCUCCUCCCAGCUGCCUCCUGGAGGCUUCAAUACCCUGUGUCCCUCUUUCCAAAUCAUUGCUGCGCCGACACACAGCACCCUGCCCACCGCACACACCUGUUUCAACCAGCUGUGCCUGCCCACCUACGACUCAUACGAGGAGCUGCACAAGAUGCUAAAGCUGGCCAUCAGCGAGGGCAGCGAGGGCUUCGGCAUGCUCUGACCCGACCCAGGAGGAACCAGCCACAAAUCUGCAUCUGAACAGAGAAUUGUAAAGUCUUGUUGGGGUGGGAAGGUGUCACCAGAAGCCUUGCCAACGACUGCGCUGGAAUCCCAUGAACUGGUAUAUGUAUAUAAAAACACAUUUCUUUUUCAAGAGGAACCCACAGACUGUCAAAAAAGGGGCUGAGGUUUAAGCUUCUUCUGUUGUUAAUGCUGAGGUUAGCUGUUUUUUUUCCUAUAUGUGAAUGUUAAUGACAUUAGAGCAAAGGCCUUGAGUAUUAUUGUACAAGCUGAGGAACACUAAAGUUGAGGCAGCAGCUUACACGUGAUGUGGGUGGAAUCUGCAUCACGAGCACUUUGGCCUUAAACCAUCAGGGACUGCCGUGUGUUUGUAAAUAGACCGUCACUUUUAUUUCCUUGUACAUAUGAGUGUGCACACAAGAUGGGCCACACCGAGUAGAAACAAAAAUAAAUCAAGGUUUGCAAAAUGAACCGAAAAGUAGGAGUUCAAAAAUAAACCCAUAAUAAUUUAAGAAUGAGGUUGAAUUUUUAUGUGAUACUUGAAAGGAUAAAUGUGACCAGCGAUGAGAAUUUUUUAGAUUAAAUAAAUAUGUUGCAAUGGAUCUGAAUUAUUUAACAAUAACACAACUUUUUUUUAAAUCAAGUCUGUUUUGUUUGUUUGGCAAACAUUUCAACUUCAAUCUUAAACGUACAACCCAUAAUCUAAUUUUAAGAUAUCCUUUAUUUGUCCUGCAAUGGGGAAAUUUACAUUUUAUCCUCAUGAUUUGGAAAUUAUUUUCCGACUGUUGUGAUAUUGUCAUUUUUCUUAACUUUGAAGUUGAUUCUUGAAAAAUGACUUAUUACUGUACUUUUAUUACCGGUACUUUUUCCCCCCAUUCCCGUUAUAAUUUUAUUGUUGAAUAUUAUUCCUCUAAAAGGGCAUAUUUUCCAACCUUAUAACUUAAUUUAAAAAAAUCUAAAUCAACAUUAUGCCUUUAGUCUAAAAAACAACUUUACUCUUGGAGCACUGCGGCUUUUUUGGCCUGUAACAUUGCAACUUUUCUGGCUUUAUUCUCGAAAUACAACUUUUUCUCCUCAUAUUCAUAACUUUAUUCCCCCAAUAAAAUGAAUCUAUUCUUGGUCAUUCAUUUUUUUCAAUGCACUAAAUGACUAAUUUUCUUUUUUUCCUUCUUUAAUAUUUCUUUUCAGAGUUUUGUCCUCAUAAUACUUUUUUCCAUUUGAGUUUUUGAAGAAGGGGUUUGAUUAAUUUCAAUGUAAUAAUUUUAUUGAGAGCUUUUUUUGUGGGUCAUAUUGAAAAGAAAUCCACUCCUAUGGUCUGAGUAUGUUUUUAGCUUGUUGUGUUUCGAGGAAAUAUUUAUGUUGAAUCCACCCUUCCGUCUUAGGAGUGGUAACGGGUUAUUGUGUUGAGUAUUUUUAAAGGCUGCCUUAUUCAUGCUUGGCCUCUGAUUGUAUCCAGAGAAGCGUACAACUGAGCGGCGCUCAACUAUGACAGGGCUCACGAGCAUGUUUUAUUAGUCACGGCCUCUUCUGGGUUUACCUCAGCACGUCCUAUCGGCCGCUUGUGUAUCCCGACACAGGUGUGCAGUGGCUUUGAGCAAACACGCACAAUUCAUAGUUGCCUCCUUUCCCCCAGCACACAACUCUCACGUAUGUUGUUGUUGAUCCGCCCCAUCGUAUAAUGCUGUUGUGUUAUUUAUUAGAAGAAUCUGCCCUAUCUUUAAGGCCAUUCUGUUGAGUUGAAAUGUAACCGCAGAUGUUAAGACAUAAAAUCAAACAUUAGGAUGUUCCACGAUCCCCUCAAGGUUUUAUUGAAUGUAGUGUUUCAAGUGGAGCGCCUAAAAGAUCUAACGUUGGAGCUUGCGGUGUGACACAAAGUAAAGUCGGACACGCUUUUGUUGCCGUGUUUGCGGGUUUUUUGGGUUUAUUUUUUGUUUUUUAAAGGAAAGGGUUUGUUUUGGUUUGUGCCAUGUAGGUUUAUGAAAAGAAAACAUCACACCUAAUAGCAGUGCUAGCAUACCUGUAUUAAAGUGGCUCUGUUACCUAAACUUCUAAAGCCCCAUUGAACUGAAUUAAGAACAAAAUGGAGAUGUGCAAGUGAUUUCAUGACCACUGACUGCUCUUGUUUCCCAGCACAAAAACGUUCAGUCUUUUUUUUUUUUUUUUUAAUACCAGGGUUUAGAUUUCUUUUGUUCAGAUACAUAUUUUUUCUCUUAACUUGCGGACGUUUCCGGCUGUCAUUCCAGCCUUCAUCAGAGCUCUCUACUGGAUUAAAAAAAAUUGUCUGAACAAAAGAAAUUUUUAAACUGGCUCAAGUUUCAAUAAUUUCUCUGUGAACUAUUGGCUGUGUAUAUUUCACCUAUGACAUUGAAGAUGAGGAGCUUUCUUACUUAUUUAUUUUUUAAUGUGAGGCCUCUGAUGAUGAAUGUUUGAGAUUUCCUGCAGUUGCUGUUAAUGGGAAUAAAAACAA